UUUUCAGUCGCUUUUGAUUGCACGAUUGUUUGCGGACGUUGUUUUGCGUUUAUUCUCGAUAGACAAUGGUGGUAACAGCAAGCAAUAGUCAUGAUGCCUGAAAAUUCCUUCCAAAAACUGAAUGAUGAAACAUUCCCGGCGAGUUUGUUACUGGAGUUUGAUGACUUGGAUGACGAUAUUCCGAUAAGUCCUCCUCGUAUUCUGGAACCGGUGAACAUCAUUUCUGCUUCAGGUUCCCGGUCACCCGUUACCACAUCUCAAACAUCGAAUUCGUCUAGUGGAAAUUACAGCUUGUCGACUGAAAAUGAAUACGUUAGCAAUUCGAGUAAUUCCAGCAACCUGUUCAUCAAGUAUCGUCCUUUGUCCAAUAAACGGUCGAAUGCCGCCCACAGUUCUAAUUUGAGAAACGCCGUCAACACAUCAAAAAAUAAUUCAUGUUCUUCAAUUGUCCAAAAACGAGCUAAAUCUGAAGAUAAUCUCCUGAGCAACGAACGAUCACUCACAAAAGUCGGUGGAACUUCCAAAUCACAGAAGUAUGGACACGUAAAAAGUAAGGUGAAGCAAUACAUAGAUGAGACACUGAAUCAACACACCCGUCACCCACUGAUUCGCCAUAAAUCCAUGCCAGAAACUACAGUAGAAAACAAUCAGAAACAGGAAGAGGAAAUUCCCUUAGAACACGAUGCCAAUACCCUGCGGGCAAUGUUAAAGGAAACAGCUGACGAAGUAACCAACUUACAACGACAUUUGGAGUUUAGCGAGAUGCUACGGAAAGAUGACAUCGCGAAGAUAGAAGUCUUGAAGCGGAAGAUCGAGGCCAUGCGUAUAGAACACUCGAUGCGCGAAAAGGAACGCCAACGUGAAAGAGAGUCGGAGAAAGAGCUAGACAGGAAGCUAGUUUUGGCCAACUAUUUCCGAUAUAGCAGCCAAAAUUCUCUGAAUCGAGUGUUCGCAUCGAUCGGCACUCAAACCAGUCCCGAUGUGUGUACUGCAUUUAGCAACUCUUUCAUCUUUAGUGACGAGAGCACUGAUCGCGUGCUUGCUUCGAACUUCGCAACAACUUCCGGUACAUCAUCUCCUUUCAGAGCAAAACGGGCUUUGACCUACGUUGCAGAUUCACAACCACAGCUAAAUGGAACUGCGAAUGAAGAGUUGUUGAGCCCAGAUUUGGCAACACACCAGAGUAGUUCACCGGACUAUCCUCGACUGUGCCCUACAGCUGUGGUAUACAAUCAAUCACCGCAGGACAACUCGGGAGAAAUCACGGAGCUACUGAUACAAAACAGUCUUGAUUCCUGCAGGGAGUGUGGCAGAAAGAACAAAAAACGUAAAAGUAAGAAAACUAGGCUGGCCAGUUUAUUCUGCAUUAGGAAAGUUGACUAAGUUUGAAAUUGUGUUUGAAACAAAGAAAAACGAUAAGGUAGAUGAUGAUGUCCGUAGGUGGUUUUUAACUUUUUUAAUUUUUAGUUGUAGCAGUUUGGAAUGUAGAUCUUAUGUGCGGUGGAUUUUAAGAUGUUGAGACUUGGAAAAUGUACUCAAGAAUAAAUAUCCGUCAUAUCGUUUUAUUGUAGUCAAA